UUCCACCUUCGACAACGAGUCGACCUCCAACAUCGCACGCCAACAUGCCACCAAUUCGGACUCUGGGAACGGUGACGGAAAAGAGCACAGGAACUUUCAGAGACUCUUCUCAGAACACGGCCUCUACGAGUCACCAGAAGUCGAGGACUUGGGUCGUUCAAUCAGACAAUUAUGCACCGUACGAAACCGACUUCAUUGACGACACGGAAACCAGCACCCGCGAGGAUUGUGUUUCCUUGAAGGAGCAGUACGCUAUCUCGGAAAGAGAGAGGAUGCACGUCGAAACGAAGUACAACCUCUUGUCUACGCAAUUGCGAGAAACGCAACGCAAGUUCAACACGUUUCGAGAACAAAACGACUUCGAGAAAGAAGUAUUCUUGGGAGAGUCGAAGCCUGCUGGAAAGGUCAACGAUGCACUUUACAGCUGGAUUCAAGAACAAGCCGGUGUUCGUCAGACGAACAUAGAGCUCCAGGCGCGCAUCAAGAAGCUGGAGGGCGAAAUCCAACGCAACAAUCAAGUUCUGGCAAAAUCGAGUCACCGAGAAUUAUCUCUCCAAUUCCAGACUUGUGUCAGUCGCAAGUGGCCGAAUAGACAUCAUCGUUACACGCGAGCAAAGGUGUUGCUGGUGCAAUGGCAGUCUGAUGACUUGGGUGUCGACCAAGAGCUCAAAUCUCUCGAGAAAGUUUUCACACAACUCUAUCACUACGAAGUAUCGAAGUUCCUUAUUCCAGAUGAACUCCCAUUCCGGUCACUUGGAAAGGCAGUGCUUCGUUUUAUCGGCGAUGAUUCUCACGAGACCCUUUUGAUCUUCUAUUACAGUGGCCAUGGCAGCCUAGGCGAACCCAAUAUGCCGUCACAUGGGAUUCAGUCUUUGCUUGAGGAAUGCCGAUCAGAUGCCGUCCUGUUCUACGAUGCUUGCCAUUCCGCCGAGACGUCCGUCACAAAGCCAUCAACCACUCGUCGGGGUGUUACCGAGCUGAUUGCUGCUUGCGGAUUCCAAACCACUGCACCUGGAGUCAGCGUGCACUCCUUCGCCCACGCUUUAACACAGGAGCUCCGUUCAGCAUCCCAAACAGGAGUCGCCUUUUCUGUACCAUAUCUGUUCAGCCAAGUGCUUUCCAGGUUGAGAAACUCCUCGAGCUGGGAGGAAAAGGCUACCCCUGUCCAUACCAACUUGGUCUGCGAGCGCGGCGGAAGACAAAUCAUGUUGGAGCCUUUGAAACCGAGAGAAGUAAUGAUUGUGUACGCGUACCAAGAACCCCUUGCCGCGACCACCGUAGCAUUGUACUUCACUACAAGUCAUAACAUCGACGCCCAGGAUUGGCAAGACAGGAUCACGGCUGCUCCUGCAGAUGCCGAUCAAAUCUACUUCACAAAUCCCGCUUGUGGCGAAGACCUCUACCAUUACCGGCUGAAACGGAUUACUUGAAUGAAAAUCCAUUGUUCUAAGAUCAAGCAUGGAACGGCAAACUUCGAGCAUGAAGAUCUUUGGCAGACAGAGACAAGGCGGGCGGUGUCUGAUUGGUCAAUUUUUCAUUUAUGAAUGUCACUCGUCUC